AUGAACGGCAACGUAAUCAUCUCGUCGCUACACAUGCUCGCCGCGAUCAUCCUACUGAUCGAUGCCGCGUUCCUCUUCUUCGUCCAUCCUCUCGGCAUUAGCACUUCCACCAUCACCUUUGUCCUUGCUGGCUUCGGCAGCACACUCCUCAUACAAGAGCUAUCGACAUUUGCUUCUAAACAGACACGAUACUCGCUCCGAAUAUUAAGCACCUACCUCUCACGCGGUGUCUUCUUCUUGCUCACAGCAGCUGUCAUCUUUGAUGGGCUAUCUAAUGCGCCAUGCCAUGUUCAACUCGCUUCAACACCCUACCCAAGCUCGCCGGCAAAGUUCAACAUCUCGCCUGGAGCAACCUCACGCGAUCUCACAACGAGCAACCAACAUGCCACGUACACCAAGGCGACUGCGCACAGUGCUCCGCCUGUCUUUGGGGCCGCUUUCUAUCUCGCAGGUGGGCUAGCUCCUAGAUGUGUCAAGGUCGACAGCGUGCCAGGUCAGCCAGAGGGUAGUGUAGCCUGGCUCAACGUGGGUACAAAUCGCACAGCGAGGUGCUUGGUGGCAACUGCUUUUGCCCUCACCAUGGUCCUUUCGGCCUCCUACUUGCUCCUAGCCAUCCUGCAUCGGUCAGGCAACGUCAAGCCAACUCGCAGUAUGGAGUGCGAGCCGCGUAAAGCGCAAAUCGUUCAACACAACUCAAAUCUGGUAAUGCACCAACCGGACAAGAAAGGCGAUCCCAACUCCUCGACCUGUUUUGUUGAUCUCUAUCCCGUCGAUCGACAUGAUAAGUGUCGCAAUCAUCGCUCAGUGAGCCCAGACAUUGGCACAGCCUCCGCUAUCUCCCGCCCUUCUACUCGCCGUCAACGCAGCACCAGCACAACUCAGCUAUCCCAAAUCGCCGUCGACGCACGACAAGGCACAGCAAGCACCACGGACGGGAUCUAUCGCAUCCAGCCUAUCGAUACCUCCCGUGUGGCUAAUCAGGCCGGUUCAGGCACAGUCGUUGGGACGGAUAGGUCCGAAAUCGCACCAUUGCCGCCGCUCGAAACUCAGUGCACGGGAAGAUACGGCUACGGUGGAGGCUACGAUAGAACCGUAGAUUUUGCUUCCGGUUGUAUUAUGCAUUACCCUCUCUUCUCGAAGAAGAAGCGCGAUGUGGUGCCGCGGUUGGAUGUGUAUCCUACUUUGGCCCCUCCUGACUUUUCCAAGAGCUCGAUCGAGAGUCCUGCUGGAUUGAGCCCCAGGAUAGUGGGCAAGGCUCGACUCAGCGCUUCCUCCAAGGUUACUACUCGCGAUACGCCGAAGAAGCCGCAGGAGGAGCUGUCCGCCACCGAUGUUGAAGCAAUCGACGCUUCUGAUCAGGCAGACACUGCACACUCGAACAAUUCCUCUACCACUACCACCACCGCAGCAACAGCACUCGUCACAGGCAUGCUGCUCUCGCCCCUAGCCUCGACGUUGACCAAACCGGCCACCACCACCAAGACUAGACGCCCUUCAAAGCACCGCCAUUUCACCCCAUCAUGCGCAAAUAACCGCCUUGGAACAGCGGAUUCCUCGCUUUCAAUCCCAUCCACUUUCAGCGCACACUCACGACCCAGCACUGGAAACUCUACCAGAUCGACCAACUCAACCGGUCUCAUCCGACGCACACGUGGACUUCUUGCAGCGCUGGAGUUGCAUCUUGGCGGCGGCGGCGGAUCUAGAGGGUUGAGUGCGGUAAGUUUCGGGAGUGGGAGAGGUUCAUUUGAUUCGAAUAGGACCUGUAGUGCUGGUACUUUUGGCGAUGGGGUUGAUGAAGCUGAUUCGCCGUUAGCUACUGCCAGGCCGGGGGUUGCGUUUACUCCGCGAGCCCCUGCUGAGCAAAGAGGUGGGGAUACAUGA